AUGGAAUAUUAUCAAACGAUUUAAUACAUUGCUUAAGAAAACUUCCCUUAUUUAGAUAAAAUACUUGAGUUUGAAAAGUAUAAAAAGGUUAUUAAUUGUAAUAAUGAUUAUCUGAUUUCUCUUCCAUAGGAUGAAUAUAUUUGCUUAGAAGAGCUAAUUGAAUUAACAGUAAAUAUCAUUUAUUAAUUAGAAAUCACAAUAUCUUAGAAUCUAUAUUGGAUAAGUAAUAAUGAUUGCUAAUAGAAUUUUGCAAUAUUUAAAAUAAUUAUUUGUCCAAAAAAUUACUCAUGGAAAUUUAUGUUCAAAUAAUAUAUAUAUUCGUUUAGAUGAUCAAAAAUUUAAUAUUAUUCCAAUAAGGGUAGAAAUAGCGUAAAUUCACUUUGUGAAUUAUAAAUUUCUAAAUUAAAAACAAUUCUAAUUAAAUAGAGUUAAAGAUAUUUAAGAUGCGAGAAAUACUAUUGUAAGUUGGAUUUCUUAAUAUAAAAAAAUAAGUUAAAUUAAAGAUUUAAUAGAUAAUCUAAAUUAAACCAAUUCCUUGGGUCUUAUAAUAGAUUUAUUAGAAAAUUUCAAGAAAAAGUAUGUCCUUUAUUCUAUUGCUUAGAUAUAUUUAUAUAGAAACUUAGGAACUCAUAAAUGAUGAGUUAAUUUUUGAUGAAGAUAAAAGAAUAAAUUGCUUAAAUUCUAUUCUAGAAUUUUAUCAAGAUUUUUAUCAAUAAUAAGAAUUACAUAUAGAAACAUGGUUAGAUAACAGAUUCAAUAUUGCUUAAGAUCAUCCAUUCUAUAUUUAACUUAAAGAGAUUUAUAAAUUGAUAUUGACUCAAAAUUAAAGAAAUAUAUUUACAAUCUUUUAAAUUCAAAGUAUUGGAAUCUUGAACGAAUCUGAUUAGGACACUAAAUUAGAUGAUCUUAUUGAAUAAAUUAAGGAAAUUCAUUUUUAACAUCAUUAAUAAUUAAAUGAAUAAUAGAUGCAACAAAUAGGAAAUCAAAUUGAUCAACUUGCUUAAAGAUAGAUAUCCUUUCAGCUAAAAAUAUAAGAAAAAUGGAACACUUAAUUAAAAAUAUUAUAAAAUGAAUAGAUUGCUUGUGCUUAUAAAAUAUUAUUAGCCUAUGAAUUAUCAAAAUUUAAUUGUAAUGAAAUGAAGGUAUUUCAAAAAAUCUAAUAAAUCAUAUAAAUAUGUUUAGAAAAAGAAAUAGAUCAAUAUUUGGAAUUUUAACUGAAAAAAAAAAUAUUAAAAUUGAUGAAUGAUUUGAAAUGA